AUGGAUGGUCAGCUGCGCAGCCUCAAUGCCAGCCUGAUCGGGCAGGAGCCCGGGCUGCGUGGCAGCGCCUGGACAGCCGCGUUCCUCUGCUUCGUCAUCCUCCUGACCAUGGUGGGCAACGUCGCCCUCAUCCUCCUCAUCUUCAGCCAGCGCUUCCUGCGCAACACGUCCAACUUCUUCCUGGUCUCCCUCUUCCUCUCCGACCUGAUGGUGGGCCUGGUGGUCAUGCCGCCGGCCAUGCUGAACCAGCUCUACGGGCGCUGGGUGCUGGACGGCGCCUUCUGCUCCGUCUGGUUCUCCUUCGACGUCAUGUGCACCAGCGCCUCCAUCCUCAACCUGUGCGUCAUCAGCCUGGACCGCUACCUGCUCAUCAUCUCCCCACUCAAGUACAAGCUGAGGAUGACCUCCGGCCGGGCCUUCUGGCUCAUUCUGGCCACCUGGACAAUGGCUGCCUUGGUGUCAUUCCUGCCCAUCAAGAUGGGCUGGCACAAAUUGGAGUUCGACCGCCGUCCGCUCAACGCCACCCUGCAGCCGGAAGGGGAGCAGUGCCGCCUGCUGGUCAGCUUGCCUUACGCCCUCAUUGCCUCCGGCCUGACCUUCUUCCUCCCCUCGGUGGCCAUCUUGUUCACCUACUGUCGGAUUCUGCUGGCUGCGCGGAAACAGGCCCUCCAAGUGGCGUCUCUCACCAACAACAAGCCCCUCAGCGAACAAACUCCGCAGCAGAGCAAGCUGCUCAAGGGGCACAUUGUAACCAAGACACCCAAGUCCGACUAA